AUGGACGCUUCCAGCCCCCCAUCUGCUCCACCACCCCCCGUCCCCGACGCCCUCCUCCCCGCCCUCAAAAGAUACGCCCACCUCUGCAUGCCCCUAAUCACCGCCAUCGUAAUGGCCAUCAUCAGCGCCCCAGACCGCCCCACCCCCUGGCUCCUCUUCGCCACCUUCGCGCUGCCCACAUACCUGCUCGCAUCCAUGAUAUACCCGGCGAAUCGGGAAGUCCCCGACCACGUUGUGCGAUUCACGCGGCGCCACGAUGCGUUCCGCGCACUCGUGCUGUUCAUGCCCUUCAACCUGCAAUUCCUGAUUGCGGACUACAUCGCGAGUUACGUGCUGGGCUACGCGAUCGGCGAAAAGCCGCAUAAACGGCACUCGGAGUUGUUGCUCGCGCUGGCCUGGGUCGGCGCGAGCGCUCUCGUCUUGAAUUAUCUGCUGCCGGGAAAUUUCUGGGUCACGGUGGCGGAUCGCGCGAUUUGGCGGGCGGCGUGGCUGGCGCUGGUGGAUGAUGUUGUCGGGGCGCUGGAGAGGCCGGAUGGCGAGGUUGGUGAUUGUGCAGGCGGGGGUUAUUUUGGGGGUGGUUUGGUGGUUGCAGGCGGUGGCGAGGAGGGGGAGGGAGAUUAG